AUGACGCAUCGCCGAGAUGUAAACAAACUGUCGGCGGAGGAGAAGCGGGCGCUGCCGUACGUUCGCUCCUUCAAUGAGAUCAUCUUCACCGGUGAUGCGCCAAAGGCGACCGCCCUGGACGGCAGCUCGGUGCCAGGCGAUGAGGGUGAUGAAGGUGAUGGGAAGGAAGAUGGAAAGAAGAGCAAAACUUCUUCGUCUAGCCUAACCAAAACUGCAUCUAAAAAGGCAGCGAAGAAAAAGUCCAAGCCAAAGUCAAAGUCAAGCAGCUCCAAGGUGGAAAAGAGCAAAAAGAGUAACAGCAAAACUGCCCACAAAAGCAGUUCUACUAAAAGCAGCGGCAGCAGCAGUGGAAGCAGUGGAAGUGGAAGUGGGUCGCAUACAAAGUCCACUACUGUCAAAGAUGAACCGAAGGCAAAGAUCGAGUUUGGCAUCACCAAGUUUACCAUUGGUGGCAGUGGUGGUGGCAGUAAGCCAAAUGUAACCAAGAGCUCAUCUUCCUCCUCCUCAAAGAAGUGCAGCAAAUCAUCAGACCGCAGCAGCCUUCACAAGAAUAAUGGCGGAUCUUCAGCGCCGUCCUCUAGCCGCAAAUCAGGCAAGUCAAGCAAGACCAGUCUGUCUAGUGGUCCGUCUUCCAAAACACAUCACGGAGCGUCAGGCAAAUCUUCCAAAACAAGUGGUGAAUCAAAGCAAGCAUCUUCAGCGCCUAGUUGGAAAGUAAUAGAACACUCUGCAACUUCUGCAGCUCAUUCAGCUGGCAGCUCAAAAACAUCCGGAAUCUCAAAGGCGAAUUCCAAAUCAGCAGAAGGCACCAAGAGCAGCGCCAGCCUCUCUAAAACAACAAUCUCUGGCUCUAAAAGUAACAGCAAGCAACAUUGA